CUCCUCGCCAGCUCCGAUUCGUGGACAGCAACAGCCUCACCCUCGCACGAAUGUUAUCUUGACUGGCCUUGAGCACAAAUGCUGUGGCAGAGCGGAGGAGAGGAAGAUGGCUGCCACCAGCAUGAGCUCCUCCUCCCCGCCCAGGGUUACUGCAAAACUUGCAGGAGCCCCCAGAUCUUCCUCGUUCUACACCCAGCUCAGCUUCUGCUCGAGGCAUCCCUUCCAGAAGGCGGCAGCAGCUUCAGCCUUCCAGAAGCUCCCGCCCGAGCUUCUCCUGCUGAGCUUGCCGGCGAGGAAUAAGCAUGCAAGAAUCAGCUGCCGAGCCACCGACAACGACCAAGCGGCGCCGGCCGCGGCGCAAGAAACGACCACCCCCUCUCCUGCUCCUCCGGCCGCUUCCAGUCCCAGCGCCGAGAAAUCCCCGGUGACGCCGGGCAACGGCCAGCCGCAGCAGCCGGUGGCCAACGCCAACGGCAGCGCGCCGAGCGAGCCGCCAAAGCGAACGCCCCUGACGGCGCGGGAGCGGCUGCGCGCGGCGCGCGUGCUGGGCAAGUACGCGGAGCCGUCGGCGAAGGGGUCGUCGUCGUCGCCAUCGAAGUCAAGCAAGCCGGAGUUCGGGAGCGGGGUGCUGGACGCGCUGCGCGAGGCGGACGCGAAGAAGGCCGGGGGCGGCGGCGGGCGGCGCGGGUCGCGGCUGCCCGAGGCGCCGGGCAACCUGUUCGACGACAGCAAGCGCGGGAUGCCCAAGGAAGGGUGGACGUUCGAGCUGCCGUUCGGGGUGGACGUGUUCCUCGUCCUCGUGUCCUUCACGCUCAUCACCACCAUCAUGUUCGGCACCGCCUUCCUCGUCUGGAAGCUCGGCGGCAUACACUUCAACGAGUACUAGCCUGUAGACUGUCUCUAGCUUGGGGUGGAUUCUUGCAGUGAUAGAUGAGAGAAUUGCUUGGUCCUGUACUAUAUUGAUCCCCGGGCGUGGGUUUCGCGCAGAUUUUUGAGAACAUAGGAAAUGAUGUGUCUGGACGAAGUUGUAAUCUACAAACAUGUUUUAGUGUGGGCACAAGCGAGAUAAGUUUUGUUGAUAACAAUACUUUUAUAUUAUCAA